UAUCCCUUCUAAAGCAUAUUUGCUUCAUAUCCCCUCUGAGUAUUAUACUGUUUAUAUUCUGUUUAUACUGGGUGUGUCACUGUAUAUGACAUUUUGGUGCCGAAACCAAGGAUCAGAAGAGACAUCCGAGGAUGGUGAAACAGCUAGCCCAAAUGCAGUAAUCACAACAUCAAGCUCUCUGCAGCCUGCAGAACAAUGAGCAAGAGGUGGUGCGCUAUGAAGCUGUCCUAACGGAGCUGCUGAAGUAAAGAACAGCUGAUCCCACCCUAACCCCACCCUUGGCCCACAUCAGACUACAGAUGAUGGAGCCAGAGGACGACCCAGAGGCGUUCCUGGAACUUUUCGAGCUAACGGCCAGGGCGUGCAAAUGGUUGGUGGAGGAGUGGGCAUUGCACCUCCUACUGUUACUUUAAGAGGAGGCACAAUGCGGGCAACCAUCCGGUAAUGGGUGGGACUGAUGCUGAAGGGCCACCGGAAGAGGCUGAGAGAACUUUUGUUUGUGGCAGCCAGCCUUUCGCAUAUGCCCAGUAGCACCCGAGGGUAAGGUGGCACUGGAGCAGUUCAUGAUGGGGCUCAUGAAAGGGACCUCUGACUGGCUCUUGUGCCAUCAGCCAACCUCCCUGGGUGCAGCCAUCGAACUAGUGGAGAAAAGUUAAUCCUGCGGCCAUUCCAAAAGCACCAUUGCACCCAUUACCCUUAAUACAGGUAAUUUUCAAAAGAAUUGGCUUGGACCAUUAGAGCGGAGCACUAAAGGAUAUCACUUUGUAUUAUUCAUAGUAGACUAUGCCACUUGAUAUCCACAGGUAGUUCCCCUCCGCAAUAUAUCUGCCAACACUAUUGCGGAGGUGCCAUUUCAUUUUUUCCCUGUUUGGGUUCUCACAGACAAAGGCACCUCUUUUAUGUCUGACCCUUUUUUGGUCAGACACUAAAAGAGAGCUAUACAAAUCGUUGGUCUAUUAGAACCAGUGUGUUCUACCCCCAAACGAUCGGCUGGUGGAGCGGUUCAAUGGGACGCUGAAGACAAUGAUAUGUAUAUGCAGAGUUUUGUGGAACUUCUUGGGUAUGAGAACAAGAGUCCAGAAGACCCACGUGCCCUAAAUGAAUUUCUGGACUUACUGAUUGAAACCAGGAACCGGCACAAUGAUGUGGUACCCACAAUGGCCCAGGGUGUGAUCGAAUACAAGGAGAAGUUUGGCUUCGACCCCUUCAUCAGCAGCAACAUCCAGUAUUUCCUGGACCGGUUCUACACCAACCGCAUCUCAUUCCGCAUGCUCAUCAAUCAGCAUACUCUUCUGUUUGGGAAUGACACAAAUCCCGCUCACCCCAAACACAUUGGGAGCAUUGACCCAAACUGCAGUGUGGCAGAGGUGGUGACAGAUGCCUAUGAGACUGCCAAAAUGCUGUGUGAGCAGUACUACAUGGUGGCCCCCAAGCUGGAGAUUGCUGAGUUCAAUGCAAAGGCCCCUGGUAAGCCCAUCCAGGUGGUGUACGUGCCCUCCCACCUGCUGCACAUGCUCUUUGAGCUCUUCAAGAACUCGAUGCGAGCUUCAGUGGAAUUGUAUGAGAACAGGUUAGAGGAGUUACCCCCCAUUACAACACUGGUGACGCUGGGGAAGGAGGAUCUUUCUAUAAAGAUCAGUGACGGAGGUGGUGGUGUGCCCUUCCGGAAGAUUGACCGCCUCUUUAACUACAUGUACUCCACAGCACCUACCCCCAGCCUGGGAACCACACAAGCUGUCCCCCUGGCAGGGUUUGGUUAUGGCCUGCCCAUUUCCAGACUUUAUGCACGGUACUUCCAGGGGGACCUUAAGCUCUACUCUAUGGAGGGGGUGGGGACCGACGCUGUCAUCUACCUGAAGGCUCUCUCCAGUGAGUCCUUUGAACGUCUCCCAGUGUUCAACAAAUCAGCAUGGCGGCACUACCAGACCAGUCCAGAGGCAGAUGACUGGAGCAACCCCAGCAGUGAACCACGCGACGCCUCCUCCAAAUACAAAGUCAACCCAUAACUCCACCCCCACCUGCACUCCUCCACUCUGUCUCUCAGCUCGACUCCAGUCAACAUGGCCACUAUGUACAGCAUUUCUCAUCUUUAGCAACUCCAAGGAAACUGACUGUAAUUUGCACAGUGAUGCCAAUGACUCGUUGUGACGGAUUCCACCUCCCUCCCUACCAAUUAGUAUGACGCCUUCUUUGACUUCUGACCUCUGAUCCUAGCAUUCCAUAGUAUCUUCCUGACAGCAUCACCUCUGUUCCUGUUGCAUAAUAGGGAACAGUAAUUGUGUAUUUGGUGAUAUGUGUCAGGUUUGUGGGGUCGUGGAUUCUCUGUAAGUGAUUGAUUGCUGUGUUUGACUACACCCUAGGUAGGAUACGUCUAAACAAUAGCUUCUCUACUGCCAACAAAAAUGCAACUAUAUCUCAAACACUAGGGAACAGUAGAUAAAUAUGAAUAUUUAUAAAUAUAUAGAGAGAGAAUAUAUACGAUUAUAUUUGCAUAAUUUAUUUCCAUUAACAUUUGCAUUGAUUUUAAAUGAGAAGAACCACAAUCAAGUUUGGAGUGGCAGCUUGCAUUCUGUUUACCUGUGAGGGAUCAUGAGAAAGCUUAAACCUAAUGUACAUUCACCCUCAUUCACUUUGUCCUACAGGUGGACGUUACAUCAACUCCAAGAGUACUAGGCCACAUUUUUUGAAGAGUAUGUUGCACUUUUUCCCCUCCACAUUGUGGAAAUUGAGAUGGAUUUCCAUUUUCAGAGUGAAAUCAAAGACUUUUGUUCAACAGUAGUUCCCAAAGUUAUUGAACCCCACUGCUCCAGUGUAUGGAUGAGUAUAAUAGUGAAAGUCUUCCAAAAACCAAACCUAUAUUUCAAAAUGGAUCAAAUGUUCACCAAAGUUAGGUUAUAAUGUCAUCAACACCUCCAGAACAUUUGGUCUUGGGUUACAAUUUUGUUGAACAGUAUUUAAUGAUCAGUGCUAACAGACUUGCAACAUGCAACAUUACAAUGCAUACCUUGUUGAUGGGCCCUUCUUUAUUCAAUUAAGUUAAGAAGCAGUGUAUUCGACAACAAAAGAAAAACCAGACAAAAAUGGGACAGCAGGAAUCAACAUCCAAUCAGUGAAUUGGGCAAACAAACAGUCCAACUGAAACUCCUUUUAAAAAUAGAGUAGAGAUGAAAUAAAAUUACUUGGAAGAAAUAAGAAAAGCAUUAUACUCUAAACUUCUUUCAGAGCCUUGGAUGCACAGGUCAUAUUGUGUCUCUGCUCGACAUUGGUUGCUGUCCAAUCUGUUAAUAUGCACACCCUCCCACACAUCUCCUAGCCACUUCCACUUGGGGGAAUCCCUGUAGAACCUAGAAGUUGUGCAUUGACCGUUUGGAGUGCAGUCCAAUUCAUGAGAAAUGCAAUUGAAGAAUGCAAUAUCAGCCCCUCAACCUUCGAUUUAGCUCAACGGAAAAGGUCCACAAAACUGCUGACUUCAGGCAGUAAAAUUGCCCAAAAUGCUGUACUUAAACCCAAAACUUCCUUUUUAAAAGGUUUAAGCCACCGUCUUUGCUGUCGCAAUGAUCACUACAGGAUAAAUGGAGGUGAUUUAUAAGUGCAAGAGCUCAUUUCAAAUCGGUAGCGGUGCCAGGAUUCCAUGAUAGGCUGGGCCUAGAAAUGUCACAGGUGGGCCUGUUUUUAAUAAAUAGUAAUAAAAAUAAAUAAAUGAAAAUCAUAGGCAUAGCUACACACAUACUAUACUGUAUACUGUAAUAAAAAUGGGCUUGACCUUAAUUUAGCAGGAAAACACUGCUUUGUGUCAGAACCUUUGAAUAAACACAGCCAGAGAGACAGUUGUACAAAAAAACUAUCCUUAUUGACAGUUAAUUUGUGGUCUAGUUAAAAUCAUCUCAUAGAAGAAUAUAGGGCAUCUUAUAAAUGUACAAGGGGCUACCAACAGUUAAGGGGCAACUAGCCUCAUCAGGACAACAAGGCUUCGAAAAGGUGAAAAACCACUACACAAAGGCUAGACUCUAUCUUAGGGCAUACCACUUAACAUGGCAUGCUGUCACCCUCUAAUCAUGAGGCACUGCAAGUUAUCAACCAAAGCAACAUUGGAAAGGCACUGCAACCCACACCAGUUUAAAGUGAAGCCCUAUGCCUGCCCCAGGUUUACAGUUACCCCUCCCUUAUCUGUAACCCUUAGCUGUUAGACUAAAACUAGUCUAACAGCUACCCCUAUUCUAGCUAUCUUUGUCGCCGGCAAUCCUAACUGAUUGAGAACAACCCCCACCUGCAGUCCCAGCGAGAGUGCCAAGCCCCAGCAGUGAGAUGCUCCAACACCCACAAAAUGGGGCAUCUGUCCAGUGUUUUAUCUACUCAGUCUCCCAUGCUCGCAAUCAGACACUCCUGUAUUAGUGAUGGGCAGUUCGCGAACAAACUGAUCUUUUCAAACAAAUCUUUGAAAUGAGCGAACUGAGCCAAGUCUUCUCCAUGAAAGAUUUGUUUGUUUGGCUCUCUCUUCAAGCGCUGAGAUCUGUCCACCCCACUCCCCCUUCGCCUCCUUCGCCAAAGACAGUGAUUUUAGUGACUUACACAUUGUCCAAUGGCUACUUAUUAGGCCAGCAUUGUGUGAAGGCUGACAGGCUUACUGAAAUGCCAAUCAACCACAAAUGAACGACCGUACGUACCCACGUCAGCAAGCCAUGGAGCCAUACUGAGCCUUUGAACGAAAAUGGACCGAAAAGUGAACGAACGAAAGAGCCACUGAGUUGUAUAACUAGUUUGUGACUGAAAAGAGGCAGUGAACGAAGAGCCAAAUAAGCCAUUGAACAACUGAAUGAAUGAACGAACGAGCCAUGAGCUGUUGUUGAACUCAAAGUACAGCACAGUUGAGCUGUAAGACGUAACAUUAAUGCCAUCAGCGCAGGCAUUCUGUGGACCAGCUGAAUAGUUAGGCUAUCACAGAUAAUAUUUCGAUAAGUCUUUGAAUUUUCUGUAAUGUAGUCAGCUAGGCUAUGCAAUAAAAGUGAUGAAUGGUUUUGCAAAGACCACAA